UGUAGGCGCUGUUCCAAGCAAGCUGCAAAAACACAAAUCGAUUGUUUAUUUUGUGUUUGUUUACAUUUUCCAAUCGAACAAAUGGCUUCGACUUUGCUAUCGCCUAUGGUGGAUUAUUACAAUGAUGAAGAAGAACUUGAUAGCGUGGAUGACGACGAUGAUCGGAGUUUCAGGGGGAGAGACUCAGAAGAAGACACAGAGGAUGCCAGUGAAACAGACCUUGCCAAGCAUGAUGAGGAUGACUAUGUGGAAAUCAAAGAGCAAAUGUACCAAGACAAACUGGCCUCCCUGAAAAGACAGCUGCAGCAGUUACAAGAAGGUACUCUGCAGGAGUAUCAGAAGAGGAUGAAGAAGCUGGAUCAGCAGUACAAAGAGAGGCUCCGAAAUGCAGAUUUAUUUCUGCAACUUGAGACAGAGCAGGUGGAGAGGAACUACAUCAAGGAGAAGAAGGCAGCGGUGAAGGAGUUUGACGACAAAAAGGUGGAACUAAAGGAAAACCUAAUUGCAGAGCUGGAAGAGAAGAAGAAGAUGAUUGAGAAUGAAAAAUUAACAAUGGAGCUGACAGGAGACUCAAUGGAGGUUAAACCAAUCAUGACUCGGAAGCUGAGGAGACGGCCCAAUGAUCCAGUCCCAAUACCAGACAAACGAAGAAAACCUGCACCAGCUCAGCUAAAUUAUUUGUUAACAGACGAACAGAUAAUGGAAGAUCUAAGAACACUUAAUAAGCUUAAAUCACCGAAACGGCCAGUGUCUCCCUCGUCCCCAGAGCACGUCCCCUCGGCUCCCAUGGAGAACCCCUCCCAGCGUUACGAGGCCCGCAUCGAGGAGGGGAAACUUUACUACGACAAAAGAUGGUACCACAAGAGCCAGGCCAUCUACUUGGAAUCAAAGGACAAUACAAAGAUUAGCUGUGUCAUCAGCUCAGUGGGGACCAAUGAGAUUUGGGUGAGGAAGACGAGCGACAGUACGAAGAUGAGGAUCUACCUGGGACAGCUGCAGAGAGGAGCGUUUGUCAUCCGUCGACGGUCGGCUGCAUGAAACAUCACCCCCCCCACCCCCA